CUUUACUUUUCAGAAUAUCUUGUGGAUUUUUGCCUUUGUACCCUCGAAAUCGAGAAGCUUUUUUCACUUGAGAUUGAAAUUAUUAGCUUGUUGGGUUGUCUUCAGUGUGAAUAUUUGUACCCCAAGAGGUUUAGGUUAUGCUAAUCCCCUUUCGUUUAUGGUGAGAAACUAUCUUAGAGGGCACAAAUUCUUGGAACCAAUGGCUCAUGUGUAGGUCUCAUCACACACUUAAUUCUGGAGUCCAAGAAUCUCAAAUUCAGAAUGAACAGUCAUCUGCAACAGGGCGCCAGCAUGAUUGGUGCCUAUAGUCGGCCAAAUGGGUCGAGCAUCUUGAGUUUUUACAGUUCAGAAAGUCGUGAAAGCAUGGAUGAUUUUAAGAAAGGUCAUCAGAGUUUGGUAGAGUGGUUAAAUGAGAUGCUUCCUUAUUUGAAUUUACCACGGGAUGCUUCAGAAGAGGAACUGAGAGCAUGCUUCAUGGAUGGAACUGUCUUGUGCAGCCUCCUGAAUCAGCUUAGUCCUGGUUCAGUAAGAAUGGGUGACAGUUUUGAGUCUGCUAGUGUAAAAAUAGAGUGGUUUCUUACAGCCAUGGAUGAAAUGGCCUUGCCGAGGUUUGAGGCUUCAAACUUACAGCAGGGCGAUAUGGUGCCAGUUUUUCAGUCCCUUAAGGCACUUAAAGCAAGCUUUUCCGAUGGUGAGUAUAGCACGAACUCAAUGUGUGCAAGAAGGAGAUGUAGUUUGCCGGAAGACCAUUCAAAGGGAGACGAUAACAAACUCAGUGAUGGAUUUCAAGUCGAGGUUGGAACUGAUAUCAAUAUCUCUGAUGCUAAAAUUUUGGAAUUACUGAAAUCAAACAGUUUACAAAAUGCCUCCACUCGUUCACUAUUUGACAUGCUGGAUAGGCUUAUGGAAGAGAGCUUGAAGAAUAUGAAUGGGAAUGUCUCUAAUGCUAUGGCAUCUGUAUUGAAAGCAAUUCUACAAGUAAUAGAAUAUCGGAUUUCAGUUCAAGCAGAAAACUCAAAGAAUCAAAAUAUCCUUUUUAGGGUCCGUGAAGAAAAGUAUCGAUCAAGGAUAAAAGUUUUAGAAACCUUGGCAGCUGGGACAAUAGAGGAGAAUGAGAUUGUAACGAACUGUCUGGAGCAUAUAAAGCUUGAGAAUGCCAGAAUGGAAGAUAGAAAAAGGUCGGAAGAAAAUGAUGUGCUAAGUUUGAGAAAGGAAAAGGAGUGUAGAGAUGCUGAGAUUUCUAAGCUGAAGGGAGAACUUGAAAUGGAGAAACGAACACAUGAAAACCGCUGUUUGGAACUUGAAGCAAAAGCUCAAAAAAUUAAAGUUGAAUUGGAGAAGAAAUUGAAGGAUGCAGAGUUUCGUGAAGUAGAUUCAGCUAAGAAGGUGGAAGAACUUGAAAAGCUAUGCGAAUCUAAAUCACAAAAAUGGGAGAAUAAAGAGGGUACCUACCAGAGCUUCAUAGACAGGCAGUCAGGGGCUCUGCAGGAGUUGAGGGCUACUUCAGAGUCUUUAAAACAUGAAGUCAUACUGACACGGAAGAGCUAUAUUCUCGAUCUAAAUCACUACGGCUCAAAGCUCAAAGGAGUGGUUGACGCAGCGAAAAAUUACCAUGUGGUCCUUGAAGAAAACAGGAGACUGUACAAUGAAGUACAGGAAUUAAAAGGAAAUAUCAGGGUCUAUUGCCGGAUUAGACCAUUCCUUCCGGGGCAAAACAAGAGGCAACCGACUAUAGAAUACAUUGGUGAGAAUGGUGAAUUGGUUGUGGCAAAUCCCUUAAAGCAAGGCAAAGAUACACAUCGACUGUUUAAAUUCAACAAAGUUUUUGGUCAAACAGCAACUCAAGAGGAUGUAUUUUUAGAUACUCGGCCACUAAUUCGAUCCAUUCUUGAUGGCUACAACGUUUGUAUAUUUGCCUAUGGUCAGACAGGCUCUGGAAAAACUUAUACAAUGAGCGGACCAAGUAUAACUUCAAAAGAAGACUGGGGUGUGAACUAUCGAGCUCUCAAUGACUUGUUUGAGCUAAGUCAGAGUAGGCAAAACACCAUCGAAUACGAAGUUUGUGUUCAAAUGGUUGAGAUAUAUAAUGAGCAAGUUCGUGAUCUACUUUCUGAAGGCGGUUCCAAUAGAAGACUUGGGAUUUGUACUACCGCACUACCGAAUGGGCUAGCAGUCCCUGAUGCAAGCAUACAUUGUGUGAGAUCAACUGAAGAUGUCCUUGAACUAAUGACCAUCGGGCUAACGAACAGAGCUGUUGGUGCCACAGCUCUUAAUGAAAGGAGCAGUAGAUCACACUGUGUUCUCUCUGUUCAUGUACGUGGUGUUGACAUGGAGACUGACUCUACCCUUCGCGGUAGUCUGCAUUUGGUUGAUCUUGCCGGAAGUGAGAGGGUUGAUCGCUCUGAAGCAACUGGAGAGAGGCUCAAAGAAGCACAACAUAUAAACAAAUCGUUGUCAGCUCUCGGAGAUGUUAUCUUUGCCUUAUCGCAAAAGAACCCUCAUGUCCCGUACCGAAACAGCAAGUUGACACAAGUCCUUCAGAGUUCCCUUGGAGGACAGGCCAAAACUCUUAUGUUUGUGCAGAUCAAUCCAGAUGAAGAUUCGUAUUCCGAGACCGUAAGUACUUUGAAGUUUGCUGAAAGGGUUUCGGGUGUUGAGUUAGGUGCAGCAAAAAGCAACAAAGAGGGGCGGGAUGUUAGACAACUCAUGGAGCAGGUAUCGAAGUUAAAGGAUGUGAUUGCCAAGAAAGACGGAGAGAUUCAAGAGUUACAAUGGCUGAAAGGUAAUACCGGUGCCCUAAAACAGGAUUUAAGCAGUCUAAGAUCUCCGAGAAGUCAUUCCGUAGGAGCUUCACCGAACGCUCGGCGACAGCAAGACCAUGAUUCCCCGGAAGAGCCAUUUCAGACGUCGACAACUCGGAUUCUGGAUCACAGCACUUAGCAGAUGAAAGCAGAUAUCGAAAGGAAUUCUGCACCAAUGGCAAUAAUAGUUUAGCUGAAGAGGCAGAUCCCGAGGAACGAUUGAGUGAUAUCUCAGAUAGUGUUAUUUCGAUGGGAACAGAAACUGAUGGGUCCAUAAGCAAUGCUGUGGAGUUUACUCUCUUCCCCCCUGAAAAUGCCGAAAAAUCUCAACAAGACUUAAGGUCACAGAGAUCAGAAAAAUCUGCGAAACGCGAGAAAGCCACCGAGCAAAGUAUCAAAAGUAAUUUGUCAUCAAGGCUUCUGAAGCAGACGCCGAAAGCCAGGCCAUCCAAACAUUCUCCUUCUGCCAGCAGCUCCUCCUCUAAGGCCUUACCGAGUGGUAAGAAACCGGUCAUGGGCUCUUCAUCGGUGAAGCCACUCAACAAGAGGCGUCCAUGAAUGAAAUCCAACGACAAUUACGGAUUUCUUAAUCAGAUGGAUUAAUAAUUAGAGGUUCGGCCGGUUUGGUGUGGUUUCACAAGCUGAGUUAGUGAGUUCACAACGCUGAAGAGGCUACUAAAUGCAUCAUCAUCAUCAUCAUCAUCAUCAUCAUCAUCAUCAUCAUCAUCAUCAUCAUCAUCAUCAUGUACAAGGCGUCUUCCACUUUGAGACUUUGUUCUUCAUCUUUUGAUGGUUUGUACUAAAUGUCGACUUAAAGAUGAGCUUUUUUUUUUAGUAACGAUUCUUGCAUAGAUUAUAUGAACUCGGUUUAGAUUAUUAUGUAUUAAAAAGUAGUUUUUGCUUAGACUGUAUAAACUCGGCUGUGUUAUUUUAAUUAAACCGCCAUUGAGGUUGAGUUUAAAAUA